AUGAGACUACCAAUCGAGUCACGGAGACAUGCAAAAACAAAGGCAACAGUGAAGUUGAAAGACCUUCCACAAGGUCCAUUGAAGCUAGAACUGUACAAUGAUGGAGUCGAUGAUGCCCCUCACUAUCCAACUGUCGUUCAUGGCCAUCGGAACAAUAUGCAAAAAUUCAAGAACUGUGUGGUUCUAACCAGAGUUGGGAGCUUCUACGAGCUUUACUUCGAACAAGCUGAAGAAUUUGCCGCAUUACUCGGAUUGAAGCUUGCGACUAAGAAGACCAGUGCUGGGCCCGUCUCGAUGGCUGGCUUUCCUUUCUCCCAACUCGAUCGUUUUCUUAAAAUUCUUGUUCAAGAUCUUAACAAGUAUGUGGCUAUCAGCGAAGAGUUUGCUCCCGUAGUAGAAGACAAGCCUCUCUCUGCGGGUCUUAUGUUCGAUCGGAAAGUGGCCAGAAUUGUCACGCCUGGCACAUUGAUCGAUGAGAAGUUCAUUGACGCUUCCGAGAACAAUUACUUGCUUGCUAUUUACAUGGAUGCUUCUAGUUUCCAGGUGAAUUCGAGGGGUGAUAGUGACGCUCAAGCUUCUCAACACAUACUAUCGUUUAUGCCUCAACGUGUAGGAUUAUCAUGGCUAGAUUUGUCGACUGGCGAUUUCUAUACCCAGCUCACGACGGCGCAAAUGCUACCAUCAGCCAUUUCUAGAAUUGGAGCUCGUGAGAUUCUGGUAGAUCAGAAUGUUCGUGAUCUAAUUGGGCAAGAGUUGCAGUUGCUUGUUGGGCAUGAACAUCGACUUGUUACCUUCUUCCAGUACCCAGAGACAUCUGUGCCCAUGUCACAGUGGGGUUCGAUGUUUGAAACACCGAUUCCUGAAGAGUCUCAGGCAAUAUUUACCCCUGAAGAAGUAGCUGCUGGCUACAGCCUUCUCGAGUAUACUCGAGUACAGCUCCAAGGAUCUAAUCUCAAGCUCCAGCCACCACGCCGAUGGCACUUGGAUGAGUCAAUGAGUAUUGAUCGUAGUAGCAUGAGGGGACUGGAAAUUCUUGAAACUUCUCGAGAUGGAUUUGGGAAGGGGAGCUUGCUUCAUGCUGUCCGAAGGACUUGCACCAAAAGUGGCGCACGUCUCCUGCGAGAUCGCCUCACUUCACCAUCUACAUCACUGCCAGUAAUCAAUGAAAGAUUAAAUCUUGUUUCGGUAUUCAUGAAAAAUCAAGACCUCCGUGAUAGCAUAAUUCAACUUUUGAAGCGCAGCUAUGACUCUCAGCGUCUGGUUCAGAAAUUUGCAAUGGGCAAAGGAGAUCCAGAUGAUUUGAUUUGUCUUUCCCGGUCGAUAGAGGCCUCAAAGGGAGCCAAGCAGGUUUUGUCUGACCAUGAACGGGAUUUCGAAUCUUCUAUAUCAUCGGAUGUGAAGCAGAGCCUUGAUUCCAUGAUUUCUAGACUCCAUCUCGAGGGGCCCUGUUAUCUAGCCGAUCAAAUCAUGGCUGCCAUUGAUGAAGAAGGACUCCUUCAACAACAACGUAUUGAAGAUAGUACAGCGGCUGAAGCAGCCAGCCUAGCUCAACAAGUCACCAUGAGCGAAGGGACACUAAGUGAAGUGGAGUCUUUGCCUAAGAAAGUACGGAUGAAAAGCGGUAACAAGACAGUUGCACAGGAAACUGAUCUUGGACCCACCGAUACCUGGAUCAUGAGGCGCAAUGCAAGCAAUAUGUUAAACUCUCUCCACGCUGAACUGGAGCGAUUGUGCAACGAAAAGUCUUCUUUGACUCAACAACUACGUGAUUACGUCGGAUCCACGGCCUUGAAUCUCAAAUGGACUCCUGGUCUAGGCUAUAUUUGCCAUGUCAAGGGUGCCAAGAUCACUCAACAAUCCCUUGAGGAGCUAGGUGUUACUCGAACUGUAUCGUCAACCAAAUCAACUCGAUCUUUCUACCUACCCAGCUGGACUGACCUAGGACACCGAAUGGAACAUUUAAAGGUUCAGAUUCGACAAGAAGAGCAAGUGAUAUUCCAAAGUCUUCGCCGAGAGACUAUCCUGAACCUAGUCAAGAUUCGUCGUAAUGCGGCUGUUAUGGACGAGUUGGAUGUAGCUUGUUCAUUUGCCACCUUAGCUCAAGAACAGCAACUGAUUCGACCUAUUCUCAACGAAGGAACAACACACAAGAUUGUGGCAGGAAGACACCCAACUGUCAAAUUGGGACUUGAAGAGCAAGGCCGAUCAUUCGUGAGCAACGACUGUUUCCUGGGAGGAAAAGAGCGUAUCUGGCUCAUUACUGGGCCAAAUAUGGCGGGUAAAAGUACUUUCCUACGACAGAAUGCCUUGAUUACCAUUCUCGCGCAGGUUGGCUCGUACGUACCGGCGGCAUAUGCGGAGAUUGGCAUAGUGGAUCAGAUCUUCAGUCGUAUUGGUGCAGCCGACGAUCUUUUUCGGGACCAGUCGACUUUCAUGGUGGAAAUGCUCGAGGCUGCUGCUAUUCUGAAGCAGGCUACUCCGCGAUCCUUCGUGAUCAUGGAUGAAAUUGGCCGGGGUACGACUCCUGAGGACGGUACAGCAGUGAGCUUUGCCUGUCUGCACCAUUUGCACUAUCAAAACCAGUGCCGUACACUUUUCGCUACUCAUUUCCACGCGCUUGCAGAUUUGACGAGAAAGUUUGAGCAGCUAGAGAGAUACUGCACCGAUGUAAAGGAGACAAGUUCUGGGUCAUUUUCUUUUGUUCAUCGUCUGCAGAAGGGUGUUAAUCGAGAGUCUCACGCCUUGAAGGUUGCUCAAUUGGCCGGUUUGCCUCAUGAGACCCUGGAGCUGGCAAUGCGCGUCCGCCAGGAAAUGCGAGCAGGGUCGCUUUAA